AUGACUGCAUCACUAGAUGGGAGAAAGGGGAACAGUAAUGGUAGCCACUCGCUACCCAGAUCUGCGUCCAAAUCCCGAGGGACAGCGGGCAUUGUACAAAUGCCUCAUAGAUCCAUUGGGAAUAGAACUGAACAAAGCCAGCAACAUGCUGAGUCUGAGCAUUGGUUCAUCGAGGCGAAUCAACACGUAACAUCCCAAUUAGACGGAUUAGGAGACGAUGCGCCCUUCUUCCUUGAUGCUGUCGAACCCAAUUAUUCUGGCGGGAGGCUUUCAAGUCCAGAUCCCAUACACGAUCCCGUUCUGUCUUAUAUGCGCGGGAACAAUAACGAACGGGAAAAUGAAGAACUUCGUGGAAUCAUUGACGAUUUGACCUUGGAUAUCAAACGAUUAAAGCGAAAGCUUCGCAGGUACAAGGAAAGAGAUCCCCCUCGACUUCAGGCGGAUAAGCUAUUUGAUGUCCGCACUUAUGGUCUUCCACGCCGGCGAAAACGGCAAUUGGAGAGAAUCCUGCAGCGAUUUGCCUCUGAUAUCUCUGCAAGUCACCGGUUCCCGAGAGAUAGGUCAACUGCCACCAAAAGCAAGCAUAUGAGCGACAAUACACCUGUAUCAGGUGAUGAUGCCCUUAAAGCAAUCGUGACCAUGCUGUUCAAGCAGCGUUUGGGCGUUGCAACCAAAACUAAUCACCACCAUUUCGAAAAUACAUCGCAGCCCCCAGAUGCCUGGUUUGAUGUGAAUGACACACUGAACUCAAUAAAGCAUGUAAUUUCAAACAUUGACCCUGAUUUCGCGCGGGAGGCUUUGAAGGAACAUGGUACACCACUUGAGCUUUCGUCAGAUGGCUGUUCUGUGAGAUGGACAGCUAGCAGCCGACGUGGGUUGGCAUGGUCCAAUUUGAUGUAUGAUCACGUCCGUAGCCAUCCGAAGGCGCAAGAUUUUCGAAGCAAAUCGAUCCAUCCAGAAACGGUCCUUGGUCUUGCUGGGAGCAACACAACAUCAUUGCAUAGACCAACCUUCUCAGACUAUAUACCUUUUAUAUCCAGAACCCGUGCUAGUGAGGCUGAUGAUUAUUAUGAUGAUGAUGGAUUGUCUAUGAUAAGUAGUGGUUCCGAAAUCAGCUUUCGCGCCUCUGUAAGCGGUGAGAAUUCGAGUAUUCGUUUGCGAUCGCAAGCGGAGUUUCAAGACCGAUCGACUUACUACAAGAAUUCGACCUUUUACAUUGAUUACUCGGGAGAUAAUCUCGAUGUAAAAGACUCACAACCACAGGAAUUCGCGGGGACCGAGGAUGUUGCGGGGAAGCGCAAGCGCCAAAGCAGUCCUGAUCGAUCGCGAUGUCAACAGCGACCACAUACCACCAACAUUGCUGCAAAUCGAUUUCAUUCUUAUCCAAGCGAGAAAGACCCGGCGUUGAACCUCAGUCAAUACAACUCCCCUGCUUUAUCUCUAGCUGAAGAGCCAUUGUCAUCAGCAGUAAAUGGAUACAUGACCACAUCAAUGGAGCUUCCAGCCUCGGGUAUUGGGGAUGUCGUCCCUGACGAUAAUUUUGCUGUACAUGUUGCCAUGAAAUACGUUCCAGUGAAGCCCAACGAGGAGACAGGUGGUUGCAUUGACAGAACUAGUCGCUGCGAAGAGGUGCCGUGUCGGAAAAAUGAAGCAUCGCUCGUAUCGCACCAUACCUUGAAGGACACCAAUACCUCCUCUAGUUCUAACGGCAGAAUCCACAAGAAGGGCAAGAAACUCUUCCAAACCCACGUUGUCACAGCGACACAUGAAGAAUUGGCACCAUCGUCUUUACCACCCGCGAUAUGCGGAUUUUUUUCCUCGGCAAGUUCCGAUGAUGACGGCGACCGCGAGGGUGAAGACGGCGAUGAUGAAUCUGAUGCUGGUUUUGGAAAGCGAGGGGAAGUGAUGCAUCAUGAUAUUCCUCCGCAGGUACAAGCCAACGUUCGGGUCACUGAAGGCGAACCGCUAGCAUCUGUGCAUUCAAUCGAGAGAUGGAAUGCGCAUGUUGUUGCUUCGUUGGGGAACCGCGAGAGCAGUCUCUGAGAGACAUUCAACGAUGGACUCGUGGGACGUCCCUGUUCCUCAUUACGAGAGUUAUAUUGAGUAAUUUCAUGAGAUCCUCAUUCAUGGUGAUGGAUACCGUUUAACCGUGUCAAUACUUCUGAUAAUCUAGAGCUACGUGACAGGAAUACAUACGGUAUGAGGCAUGAGUAACCGCCUGUUGCCGUCACUAGCCGGCUGAAUGCAGUUCUAACAGUACUUGUCAUCCACG